UGCUCAAUUCUGCUGUGAACCUGAAACUGCUCUAAAAAAUAAGUCUAUUAAUUAAAAAAAUGGUAAAAAAAAAAAGGCCUGGUCCUUCUUCUCGAGUGAUCACAGGAAGAAGAGAAUUUCUUCUGUCACAACCAGACCAGUGGAUGUGAGGUUCUGUCAUGGAACAGACAGACCCCAGGCCCCAGAUGACAGAGUUCAGCUGAACCCUGGCUCCUCUACUGACGACCUUGAACAAGUCAUGUUACCUCCCCAAGCUUUUGUUUUUCUAAUCUCUAAAGUGGGGAUUAGAUUCCUGACCUUCCAGGGUUAGUCUGAGGACAUAAUGAAGUUUUAUGUUGUUUCGGACACUUUGUUUGCAUGUCCAUUCUCUCCCUGGAUUUGUAAGCUACUGGAGUACAUGGUCUGCUUCUUUUUAAUCUUAUCUCCAGCUCUCAGCAUAGUGCCUUGGUGUGAAAUAAAUGUUGCAGAAAAGAAUCAGAAGUGUAUGCUGCCCUAAAAUUAAAGGGGUCUGAGGGUUUAGAUGACCAGUUCCUCAUCAGUGGAUUAAAGAGCUCUACCUAGAGGUUACAUUAGCAAAACAGUGACCCACAUUUCCACAUCGUCAUGGACCAACGGGUGGGAGUUCUGCCCACAAGGGGCCCUUGUACAUGGCAGGGAGUCGCAUGGCAGCAGCAAACAGCGUGGGUCUGGAGUCAGAGAGACCUGGAUUUAUGCCUGGUUUUGCCACUUACAAACUGGAUGACCUUGGCCAUGUUAUUUCACCUUUCUGAGCACCAGCUUUCUCAUCUGUAAAAUGGGGCUAAUAAUUAAUUCCUUUUUUUCACCUAUACAAUGUAGAUAUAAAAAGCCCCAAUUUCACUGAGUUUUGUUUAAAAAAAUGAUAUAAGUACAAAGAAUUAUACUAGGCACAGUAUAUAGGUAAUAGAUGUGGUAUCCACCCAGAUCAGUUAUCUUUGUCUAGAACAAUAUCUGUAGGCAGCAUUUAACUAAGGAUAUUAUCCUAAUAACAAAAGUAAUUUUUUUUCAGAAUGACACGUUCUGAGUUGAAAUCAUGAGGAAUCACGUUUCUCUUGCCGUAUAAUAGUUCAUGUCUCCCUACAUAACAAUCCAAAAGAAUACGUACUGGUAUAUUUGACCAGCAACGGCUACUUUUCCCUCACUCAUAAGAAGCUGAUAAACACAUUCACCACUGAAGUUGAUCACGAUUGUCUUUCCUCAAGAUUCGGAGAUUUCCCUUCUUUAAGCCUCUUGCUGCUCUCAUCUUGUAAGUCAGCGCUGGUAUUGACUGCCACCAUCAGAGGAUGAAAUAUUCCUGUCAUUUGUUAGCCAUUUGAUAAAGGCAGAGAAUUAAAACACACACUAUGUCCGAUGAAGUUUUUAGUACAACUUUGGCAUAUACAAAGAGUCCAAAAGUCACCAAAAGAACUACUUUCCAGGAUGAGCUAAUAAAAGCAAUUACAGCUCGCUCAGCUAGACAAAGGAGUUCUGAAUACUCAGAUGACUUUGACAGUGAUGAGAUUGUUUCCUUAGGUGAUUUUUCUGACACUUCAGUAGAUGAAAAUUCAGUUAAGGAAAAAAUGAAUGAUUUUCAUAUAUCUGAUGAUGAAGAAAAGAAUUCUCCAAAACUGUCUUUUUUGAAAACCAAGAACUCAAACAAUGAAGUGAAGAAAAAUGAGCUGGUAGUCACCGUCAAAAAUGAUGAGGAGCUGGUACCCGAUGGUAGUGAAGACUUGGUAGGGAAUCGCUUAUCUGAAUCUCAAAGUAAGCCACAGAAACCUGAAAGAGAGAACAUUAAAAUGGAAACUAAACCCAGAAUUCUUCCAGUCAAAAGCGCAUCUCCAGAAACCAACAGCAGCCUUGAAGCAGACAAGCACUUUAAGCCUUCACCUCGGCCAAGGAGCAUGUUGAAAAAGCACAGCCACAGGGAGGAGAAAGAUGGGCUGGGAGAAGAUAGAGAAACCGCCCUCCGUGAAGAAUUAGACGCACAUUCUGUACCUGCGUCCCUCCCAGAGCUGAAUGGCGGACAGCGAGAAGCUGAGAAACAUGCUGUCUCUGAAAACCUUGAUCCUGAGGAUCCAUGGUUAACAAGUCUAUCGUCAUCAUCCCUUAAAGAAAGUCUUGGAGACUCCUUUGCACCAGGAUCUGGGGAAAAAGCAUCCACUACUGACUUUGUCACUAGUGCACUUGAGGAACCCAAGGAAAGUCAAGUGAUUACUGAUGACCCUGAAGAAGAAAAGGAGAAAGCUGAACCGAUUACGAAUGAUGACGUAACAGUUGAUAAUCCACCACUGUUGCUACCUCCGGGGAUCUUAUGCACUGAGUCUGCAAAGAACACAAUUCAAGAUAGAAAUACGAAGAAUAAGAAGUCAGCAAAUAACAGAGCAUCCAGUGCAUCUGGCAGAUUAAUGACCUCUGAGUUCUUAAAGAAAUCUAGUUCUCUAAGGAGAACUCCGUCAACAGUUCCCACUUCUCACUAUUUAGGGACUUUGAGAGUCUUGGACCAAAAGCCCUCACAGAAACAGAACGCAGAGCCUGAUGGAGCAGAUAACAUAAGGGCAGCUGUUUAUCAGGAGUGGUUAGAAAAGAAAAAUGUGUAUUUACAUGAAAUGCACAGAAUUAAAAGAAUUGAGAGUGAAAACUUAAGGAUUCAAAAUGAACAGAAAAGAGCUGCUAAGAGAGAAGAAGCGUUAGCAUCAUUUGAGGCCUGGAAAGCCAUGAAAGAAAAGGAAGCAAAGAAGAUGGCUGCAAAAAAGAGGCUUGAGGAAAAAAACAAGAAGAAAACCGAGGAAGAAAAUGCUGUGAGAAAAGGAGAAGCACUUCAAGCUUUUGAAAAAUGGAAAGAGAAAAAGAUGGAAUAUCUUAAAGAGAAAAAUAAAAAAGAGAAAGAAUAUGAAAGAGCCAAGAAACGGAAAGAGGAGGAAACUGUUGCUGAGAAAAGGAAAGAUAAUUUGACUGCUGUUGAAAAAUGGAAUGAAAAAAAGGAAGCUUUUUUCAAGGAAAAGGAAAAAGAGAAAAUAAAUGAGAAAAGAAAAGAAGAACUGAAAAGAGCUGAGAAAAAAGAUAAAGAUAAACAAGCUCUUGAUGAAUAUGAAAAAUGGCUGGAAAAGAAAGAGAGGCAGGAAAGAAUUGAACGAAAACAAAAGAAACGUCAUUCCUUUCUUGAAAAUGAGGCCCUUCCUCCAUGGAGCCCUCCAAGCAGAACUGUGUUCUCCAAAGUGUUUUGAUAAUUCUUACUCUCGCAUUAUUUAGUUACUUAUCAGCUCACCAAUUUUAGCCAAACUAAAUUUAAAGCUAUUCAUUCAGUUAUUUAUAGUGAGAAGAGUCUAUUUUAAUUAGAUGCUGGUUAUUUCUGCUGACAGUGAAAAGAUGCUUUGGAGUUUAAUCAGUGAAAGGAAAGCAUUGAAAGCAUUUUUUGAACUGUAGAUAAACUGCCUCAAAUGAAAACCUAAUAAUCAGAUUGCUUUUACCAUUCAGAUACAUAGCCCUUUAUCAUGUCCUGAUAAUUCUUACAGUCUGAUGAACCAUGAUCACUUUUUACUAACCUGUGCGUGUUGUUUAAGUAUGUUUAUUCCCCAAUAUAAAAAGAAAACCAUCUAGGUACCAUAAUCACAAAAAUUGAAUUUGUGAAUGAUUGUGCAUUUAGAUUCACGUUUUAAAAUGAAUUGUCCCUGAGGAGUAUGCAUAUAUUAUUCCUUUUAAAACUAAUCUUUAGCUCAAAGCAGUUGUAUUAUACUGUGUAAGUUAGAAUUUUGCUCAGUUGAGUUCAGUAGAACACCAAUCAUGAAGGCAUUUUAUUUAAGAACGUUUCCUUAUGUUUUAGUAUCUUUAUCUGUUCCUGCUUAAGUGACAAUCAUAGGCACUUUAUAAUGAGCGGACCUCUGAAAUGUGUCUUUCUAAAUUCUAUAUUAUUUUAUUUAUUAUUUCAUUGAUAUCAAAAGAUAUCCCAUUUCAUGGUAGUGAUGUACAUUAGUUAUGGAAAUUCCACAAGAAUCCAAGGUCUUUAUCACUAUUAUUAUUUUCCAGACUAAAGCCAUAAAGAUGAUAGAGGCAGUUUUUGUCCUCUUAAUUAACCCAGAGUCUUAUAGCUUAUAUUUGAAGACAGCUAUGCAGGAAGGUAAUUGGUGGAAAAUGUCCAAAGAAUCUGUAUUUGGUCUCUGCAUAUCCUUAUGUUAAUCAGACUCACACUGGAACUGGUCAGCUAGUUUAUCACACACCAAAUGAAUGCUCCCAGAGUUGAAAUGCUGCUUUAGCCAACGAUGCAGUGCAAUGUUAGAUGAGGAUAAACAGUUACUAUUUAUCAAGCAGCCGUUGUAUCCUCUCUGCUGGAUCUUUACAAAUGUUUUCAUCUUUACAACAAUUAUUCAGAGUAGGUGUUAUUAGCCUCAUUUGGCAGAUAAAAAAAAUACUGAGACUCAGAGAAAUCAAAGAACUUACCACGCAUUGAGCACGUGACUGAGCUGGGAUUAGAGCUGCUGAAAUCUCUCUACCUCUGGAAUCCGGAUGCUCGUGUUCAUGCUCUUCGGUAAGUUCUGUUAAGACCUCUGUAUUAUAUUAACCGUAUAGACACGUUUUACCUCUCAGAUCCUCGAAUCAUGAAUUGUUACCCAGAGAUUAUCUUCCCCUUAAGAAACAGGCUGUUUGUUAUUAGAGACAGUGAACCUCAUUAGAUCUAUAAAAGGAAAAAAAGAAUUCAUAAUAUUUAAGGAAUUAGUCAAAUGCCUGUAUCUAGUACUAGAAUGUCAGAACUCCCAGCGGGUAUGAAACAGGCUUUGCGAUAGUCACUCAGGAGUUUUCACACUGAGCAUUAGCCUUCUUGCUGCAGUAUAUGUGCAAGAUACAAUAGAUGUCAUGGAUCUCUUUGUAAGAUCCCAUCAGUGCUACAGAUAGAUUUUUAAAAUUUCAUAAGUGAAACUAGAAGCCUUUUAUACUGCAGGAACUGGGCGAAUAUGUCGUGAAAUUGAAAUAAUUACCAGCAAUGUGUGUUAUCAGCAUGGGAUUUAAAAAGCCUCUCUUAUUCAUCCGUGUGUCCUCCAUAGUACCAAACACAAUGCCUACCAGAACAAAUUGGUAAGUGUUUAUUGUAUUAAAUUAACUAUUCAGAGCUUAAAAGGUAUUUUUGAAUUCCAGGGAAGUAGAAGGAAACCGAAAAAAAGCACAGCUACUUUUAGGGGUGUGAGAUCUUAAGUGUGUGCGUCAUAGAUUUCACAUUAUAUAUUUACUUAAAUGUCCUGAUUAUUUUCUUCUAAUUUAUCAUGUUCAGUGGAUUAACUGUUACCACCUCUUAGUUGUGGGAAUUGAAUGAAGCUGGUUAAUUAAUGUAAAGCGUAUGCACAUAAUAAAAGGCUUAAUAAAUGUU